AUAACAAUUACAUCAAAACUAAAAAGUAUGUUUUUAAUGCCGUUAAUAUUGCUCAUUAUUAGUACAAAUUUAGAGCGCCGUGUUUAUUUUUUUAUGUAAACCAAAGCAUGAUUUUCUCGCGCGAUCUGGCAACACUGAUCAGCACCUCUCCGCAACUGAACAGCGACCAUAUAAGCACAUGUCUGCGUUAAGAUGCUCUGCUGUUUUUCCUAGGAGGAAUACAUUUAAAAACCACUGCGCUGUGUAUUGUAGCAUGCUCUGUAAUUAGGGAUUAUUAAGAUCGUCUUCAUCGUCAUUAUCUUUAUGUUCUCGAAAGAUUUGCACAAGGGUUCUUCGCUACGGAUGCAAAGAUGGAAACACACAAAGGAUAAACACAAAAUUAGUCCAGCGAUGCCCAUGACAGACAUUGCGUUUUAAUCAGAGCGCAGCUGACCCAGGGUUGCAUUAUAAAUCAAAUGCACUGAAUCCCUCCUUGAUUGGAUCGGUCUCUGUGUCGCUUCCCCCUUUCGAAAGGAGCCGCAUCAACAAAACGAUGGGUAGGUCGUUCACCUGGAGGAAAUACAACCAACAUACACUCUCUAUGCAGCACCGGCUCCCUAUUCAGCACUGAGAUGCCUGCGCCCAGCAGAAAGACCAGGAUCAAAGGGCUCAGAGCUACAGCCGGACGCGUGAUUUGGAAGGAGGACAACAAACAGGCGAACCCCGGGUGUCCGAUUCGGUGGAGGCCGAAUCACAUCUGCUGGGGACGAGCAUCAAGGGCAGUGCGGCACUCCAGCGCCCCGGGAACAGGCGACACGAAUCAUCCAUACACCUUUAGUUCCACAACACCGCAGCGUUCCUCGUCUGUUUCGAAGAUGCGCUAGAACAACACCGACACGCAACAAAACAUGUCUUUUCGUAGCAGACGUGCUUUUUUAUUGCUUUCACUCAGUGGAUUUAUCGAGGAUAUAGCCUACUGAGUUGGAAACGAUGGUGAGGAGAAUCUGCCAGCGUUUCAGGGGUUACAAAAAGUGCCAAUGAAUAUAUUGCUUAAAUUUAUCCUCAUUUUUCCGUCAUUGGCUACAUUGACACCCCUGAUAAGCAGGACCAUGGGUUGCAUUCAAAGCAUCGCCUGCAAGCCCCGCAUCCGACGGGAGAACAUAGUGGUCUAUGAGGUCUCAGCCUCCAUUGACCAAUGCCCGACCAUCAUUGAGGAGAAUUCGCCCAUCGUCCUGCGAUACAAGACCCCGUAUUUCAGAGCAUCGGCGGGGAUCGUGAUGCCCCCGGUUCCUAGAAACGAAACGUGGACUGUGGGCUGGAUCCAGGCGUGCACCCAAAUGGAGUUCUUUAACACAUAUGGUGAUAUUGGCAUGUCCAGCUGGGAGUUGCCCGAGCUUCGGGAAGGACGGGUGAAGGCCAUAAGUGAUUCCGACGGUGUCAGUUAUCCCUGGUACGGCAAUACUACCGAAACAGUGACCCUCUCAGGCCCCACUUCCAAACCGUCUCGGCUAACCGUGAGCAUGAACGACAACUUUUACCCCAGCGUGACUUGGGCAGUGCCCAUCAGCAACAGCAACACCCCCAUGCUCACACACAUCACCCGAGACCAGAGCUUCAUCACCUGGCUGGUGGCGCUAAACGCAGACACCAAAGAGCGUAUUGUUCUUCAGACAGUACGGUGGCGUAUGCGGGUAGACAUUGAGGUGGAUCCAUCCAUGCCACUUGGUUCUCGUGCCAAACUGAUGGGACGACCGCACCAGGAACAGCCUCACAUUCUCAGCAACAAUGAGCCUAUCCCACCUAAUGCACUGGGCAGGCCUAAUGCCAAUGAUGCCCAAGUGCUGAUGUGGAGACCCAGAAGAGGACAACCUCUGGUGGUUAUACCGCCCAAAUAGGACUGUCAUGACAGUGCCUACAGGACACUGGAGACUGCAUGCACUGUUUAGAUGCUGGAAUUUGGUAUAUCGCAAGCUGCUUUGUGGAUCGCUGGAUUUGUUGAGUUUCUCACGACGUUUUGACUGCCUUUAAACUUUUCAACAGGUACUAAAUGUGCAGCCAGAUGGAACAAACCCCUUAAGUUUAAGAACUAGUUCACCUAAAAAAUGAAUAUUACUAACCCUCUUGUAACUGUUAUGAAGAACGCAAAAGAAGAUAUUCUGAGGAAUGUUUUAGUAAUACAAUGAAACUCAGUGAAGUCCCAAAAUGUAAACCUUUAAAAAAAAAAAAAGGGGAAGCAUGAUAUUAUAAAUAGAUCAGAAUGAAAUCCUUUAUUUAUUCUAAAAUCAAAUGAUUUAUCGAUGCACAUGUACGUAAGCUGCAUCCCCAUUCAGAGGCAGCAGCCGAAAGCAGAUUUCAUUACAACAGAGCGACAAAGAUUGUCCCGAUUUAAAGGGUGCUUCAAAGGCUUUCCCAAUUCGAAGCCUGCUUCAAAUCCUCCAAACGUGUCCUUUAUUUUAAGGGCUUUAAAGGAUACAACCGAUAGACUAUCCCAAGGCUCACCGUGCAUCAGAGAAAAUGCCAGAUUGCACUUUUAAAUGUAUCACAUUUUAGCUUGGAUAUGCAACAGUACAAAAUGUUCAAAAGCUUAGAUUUAGAUCUGAAUCUUAUUUAUAUGAACAUGCCUUAUAUGAACACAUUUAUGAAGAAUGUAAACACUGAUUUGCUUUUCACAAGUUUAAACUGAUUUUUCACCCAAAAAUGAAAAUUCGGUCACCCUUU